AUGAAGACGACGACGAGUCCGGCAGCGACCCGCGUGGAUUCGGCCAGCCGUCGCAGCGCGAUCGGCGACGGGACAUUGCACGCAAGCGGCGGCAGCUUCGUCUGCUGCAGCGUGAACGCGAGAGCUCCCGCAAGAAGCGCGUCCUCCGAUUCGACGACGAACUCGCCGGCCAGCAGCAGCCGUCGCCGGCCGACGCCGACUCCGCUGCCCAGCAGCCGCCGGCCCAGGGCCAGCCCCAGCCGGGCGACUCGAAGAAUGCGAAGAAGGCCGACGGCGCGGCGGCGGAAAGAGGAACGCGACGACGAGACGGAGGUCAUCCUCGCCUCUGGUAUGCGCGCAAUCUCCUCCACCCGUAGUGCGUGCUUCA